AAUCAAGAAUAAUGAUUAUUAGUGUGUAAAAGAGAAUAUUUUCCUGCAUGAGAAUACUUUUACCCACAGCCAAACCUGUUCGGAGGCCCCUCUCUCACACACACACACACACACACACACACACACACACAUACAGGCACGUACACGCGCACAGACAUACACACACACACACAGUCACGGUCCUGCUCACACACCCGCCAGCCCCCCUUAACCAAACAUUCAGUCUCUUGACUUCACACACACACACACACACACACACAGUGAGACAUGUUCAGACACAAAAUUAUUUUAUUUAUCCGAGCAACCAAUAAGGAAUAAUUACGUGUAGAUACGUGUACAUACGUAAUAUAACCACGCCCUUUAUUCAAUAAAAGCAGAGAGGUUACGGUACUCUACCAAACAUUCAACAGGCGGUGGUGUUUCUAACGUUACACGGGUAAGAGUUUAUAAGAUAUUGUUUAAUUCAAUUUAUAUAUUUUAUAAAACUAUAUCAUUAAAUAAUUAUUGUUUUAUUUGAUUUAUUCCUUAGCAAAAGAUCGCAAAACAUGGAUGCUCUUACAAACGCACCAAGAAAGGAAAUCGCAGGGUCUGAAAAGAAUCAUGUAUGGCCGCUAUCAGACGGUCGAUUCUUUGGAUUUCGUUUCCACGAUGAUAUGAAAUGCGUCACUCUGUGUAUCGGUCCAACAGUAAGAUUUGAGGAUGCGACCGUUUUGAUAACUCUUAAUGGAGAGGAAUGGCAUAGCUUCUCAAGACAUUGUUCAGUUUUUAACACCUAUCUCAUUUACAGAAAUUGUUACUGUAAACCGGAUUACCAUGAGAAAUUUAAUUUAACAUGGACACCCUAUAUACAAACCGGAACAAUGUUGCGUUCAUUCAAUCUAUAUCCGUAUUUAAAUGCCAAAUCGUACAAUGCCAGACUUACAAUUGUUCACGAAGUUACAAGUUUAUUAAAACAAAACAAUUUUUUUGAACAGGAAUGUAAAAUUGAAUUACAAAAUGAUGACUUCAACGCAAUGCAGACGUACUUUGCAAUAAUAGACCGUAUGUUCAUUGAGAGCAUCGUUGAAAAACAUUAAAUCUGAUACAGAAUUUCUGAGCUUCUGAAUGCGUUAUCAUCAGUAAAAACUGAAUAGUUUAGAGUGCAGUGUAUCUUAGUGUUUGAGUCUGUGUCAGCGGCAAGAUUUGUACCACGGCCUGCUGUAUUGUGUUUCUGAUCUUCCAGGACAGCUGCGUGACCAAUUAGUGAUUUCUUACUCAAGACUCGCAUGUGCCUGUCAAUGUAUAUAAACACGGAGUUUUCUUCAUACGGUCACAAACAUUUUCAGAGCUCAAGAAUCUCUUUCGUUGGAAGAUAAUGGAGUCUGGUAAGUUUGCUUUUGGUCUGGAUUGAAUAUAAAUAUUUUUAUUAUUAUUCAUACUGAUGUUAAUAUAGUAUGGUUAUUUAGAAUGUUGUAGAACGUAAUUAGAAUGUCAAAUAUAAUACAAUGUUUUUAAACCAAAUUAUAUUAUAGUAAUGUUUCGUUCUAUUCUUUUAAAAUAGGUAACAUUCAGAAAUGUUUUUAAUGUGAGUAAUUUUUAUCAUGAUGAAUUUUUAGAAAUAAUGUGAUAAGUUAUGUUUUAUACUAUUGGUGUAAUUUAUACUAUUGGUGUAAUACUGAAAAUGAUGCUUUUUUUAAAAAAAAUAUUAAUAAAUUAUUUUAUUUAAUUAUUAUUAUUAUUAUUAUUAUUAUUAUUUUUAUUUAUUUAUUUAUUUAUUUUUUGUAGAGUUAUGUAAUAAUUCAACGUUCAGCAACUAUCAAUGCAACGAAACACCAGGGGUCAAUUAUAUCCAAAAACCUCCAACUCCAUACGAACUGACUGCUGAAACAAGAAGCAGAAGUCCCAUUUACAUCACUGAUACUCCGCCCAACAGCUCCACAAUUCCAGGGUGUGAUUCUCCUGCGUAUGCCAAUAACGAUGUAAUCCUGAACUCUCCAUCCUACUCCCCAACAAUCCCUAAUCGUGAAUCUGAUCAACAAUCCCCUGCGAAAGGUUAUCAGUACAGCCAUAAUGACACGCUUUCCGAUUCCGAUGUUAACGCCAAUGAUGAUCUGAGGGACGAUCUACGCGAUCUACGCCACCUUCACAAGUCUGUGUCUUUGACGUUCAAGAAACUCAUGCGCGUGAAAACACACGGGUCAAGAGUUCAAAGUAAGCAUGUUCAUGCAUUGUGUAAGAAACGUGUGAGCCUUUAUAUGAAUCAAUGUACUACCCUACUCAAUAAACACCAUGUCUAGGAAAAGGUGUGAUAAUUGUUUUAAUAUUGAAGCCAAGAGGUGUAAAAUCAGACAGGAAUCUGAAUAUGCCCCCAGCACAUCCGAUCAUUUAACUUGUGAAUGUGUAUCAGAUACAGAACUUACACUCAACUUACAGCAUGACCAUUUCCAUCAGUUAAACCAAAGUUUAGAUAGACUACGGAAUGAAUGUAAUCCUUCUGUAAUAGAAGCUGUUAAUCGGCUUAACGAAAGUUUAGCUUUAACGCCCGAUCGCAAUAAUGUUACGGAACAGUCUGUAACAACGCCUCAAAAUGUAACGCAAGAAUCAAACAUAGAUUUGUUUCACAAUCUAAACCAAAGUUUAGAUAGACUUCGGAAUGAAUGUAAUCCUUCUCUAUUAGACGCUGUUAAUCGGCUUAACGAAAGUUUAGCUUUAACGCCCGAUCGCAAUAAUGUUACGGAACAGUCUGUAACAACGGCUCAAAAUGUAACGCAAGAGCCGAUGGUUGAUUUGUUUCACAAUCUAAACCAAAGUUUAGAUAGACUUCGGAAUGAAGCGGAUAAUGAAAAUCAACAUUCACACACUUUGUCAUCUGGGCCUAAUCAAGCUUUCAGUGUAACAGUUCACAAUAACGAGAAUGUACAGGAUCAGAUAGGAUAUGGUGUAGAAGGUGAAAUACCGCAGGAUAUACAUGUAAACAGGAUAGACAGAUUCAACACCACAGAAAUUAGACGGCCUCUAAACUUUUCCUCAUUGGGAAACGUUGAAUCUUUCGAUGAAUUUUACAACUAUGUGAUGGAAGUUUUUAACCAAACCGUCGAGGUAGCAAAUGGUUAUAUUGGUCCGAAGGAUUCAGUAUAUGUGGAAAUUCAAGGAGAUUCGCUCAACGUUUCAGCGAGCGUUGAAGUAAUCGACGGAGUCAUAAACCCUAAUGAUAUUGUAACAAUGAUUGAACAAAGCAUGCAGAGCAAAUUUGAAAUUCUUUCCGACGAAACUCUACAAAUUGUGAUUCGAAUUGUACACCCGCCGCGCGGAGGCGCGCGCGUUAAGUUCUCACAAAUGUUCAAUUCAGAAAUUGUUCGGAACAAAUUGAAACAUCUGUUUGAUUUUCAAAAUAAAGACAACCUCUGUUUCGCCCUAUGUGUUUCCAAACUACUGAAUCCAGACCUAAACGAUUACCAAGUAGAGCACAUUGCAAAACGGUUACAAGCCGAUGUAGGGAUGUCUGAAAAUGACGCCGUUAGCUUUGCCGACAUUUCAUUGUUUGAAAAGUUACUCGAUUGUAAAAUCGUAGUGAUGUACAGGGAUGCUGUCAAAAAAGGGUACUCGUUUUUCCAAAACAGUACGAUACCUCACGAAAAAACAUUGUUCCUAUUCCUGCAUGAAAACCAUUACUACGGUGUUAAAAACCUUAAGGCUGUGCUGGGUACCGGGUACGUUUGUUCUCACUGCUACGCGGGGUAUAACGAUGAGAAUCAUCAUAAAUGCGAGUACAGAUGCAACGUUUGUCAGGAUAACGAUUGUCCCAAGCUUCCUAAAAAUACGGUGCAAUGUCAAGACUGUUUGAGGUUAUGUAGAACACCGUAUUGUUACGAAAAGCACAAGGUCAAAGACGACUCUGGUAAAAAUUUGUGUGAAACUAGAUUCUACUGUGCACAGUGUAACACCGUGCAGCACGGUAGAAAAGGGACCAGCAAACACAGUUGUCGCGCAAACCUAUGCCGUCAAUGCGGUGCUAAAGUAAACCCUGAAUUUGAACACGAAUGUUUUAUAACGCCUCUAGAAAAGGAAAAGAACAACAAAAAGUACAUUUUUUACGAUUUUGAAACCAAUCAAGAGUCAGGAAAUCACAUCGCAAAUUUUAUAUGUUGCAGUACUUUUAAGGGUAAAGUUUGGACGGCUGAAGGACCCGAUUGUGUUUCAGCGUUUUUUAAACGCUACCGUAGAAAGAAAUACAAAGGCUACACGUUCUUGGCGCACAACGCUAGAAGUUACGAUUCGUACAUUUUAUUGAAUCAUUUGGUCCGAGAGGGGAUCAACCCCGACAUCAUAGCGCAAGGUGGUAAAAUAUUGUGCUUUGAAGAUGUCGAGUUCAGACAGAGAUUCAUAGACAGUCUCUCUUUUCUCCCUAUGAAGCUGAGCGCGAUUCCCAAGGCUAUGGGAUUCAAGAAUGAAAAAAAGGGUUAUUUUCCUCAUUUCUGGAACACUCUUGAAAACCAGAAUUACAUCGGCCCAUACCCGGCAGCCAAAUAUUACGGUGUAGACACCAUGAUGGAUAAAGAGAGACAAGAGUUUUUUGAAUGGUACAAUACUCUGUCUGGCAAGGUGUUUGACCUCAGAAAAGAGUUGGCCGAUUAUUGCGUGAAUGACGUUCACAUUCUCAGAAAGGGGUGUUUAGCAUUCAGGGAGCAGAUAAUGAGCGGUACGGGUGUAGAUCCUUUCAAAUGCAUCACCAUAGCCAGCGUCUGUUUGAAAAUCUUUAGAACACAUUUUCUGACGGACAAUACCUUGGCUAUACCACCGCAUGAUGAUUAUAUCAGCAGACAGAAGUCGUUCUCAAACUCUGCUAUUCAAUGGCUCGAGUACCUCUCAGACAGAGGGAAAAUUCCGAUUCGACACGCUCUCAACGAAGGUGAAGUUCAAAUGGGUCAAUAUUUUUUAGACGGUUAUUUUACCGACGGCCACACGCAAAAUGCUUUCGAGUUCUUAGGAUGCUUUUUUCACGGUUGUGAUAAAUGUUUCCCUGCAAACGCGCGUCACCCUCUAAGUAAAAUUGGACAAACCUUCGAAGAUGUUAAACAACACUCUUUGCAAAAAAUUAAGAAUUUGCAAAACAUCUACAAUAUGCACGUUACAACAAUCUGGGAACACGCGUGGAACGAAAUGAAAAGGACAGAUCAGGACGUAAUAGCGUUUCUCAAACGUUUUGACUUUCCCGAGCGUUUGAAACCGAGACAAGCUCUUUUUGGCGGCCGUACAAACGCGUUACAUUUACAUUACGUAGCUCAACCCGGAGAGAGAAUCGAUUAUUACGAUUUUACAUCGUUAUACCCCUACGUAAACAAGACAAAAAACUACCCCGUAGGUCACCCAACCAUCAUUUUCCGCGAUUUUGAACCGUUGGAAAAUUAUUUCGGCCUCUUCAGAAUAAAAAUUUUACCCCCUAGGGGUCUUUGGGCCCCUGUUCUCCCUUAUAGGGUGAAAAACAAGCUUUUGUUCCCUCUGUGUAGGGUGUGUGCCGAGUUACAACAGCAGCAAUGUUGUAAACAUGCUGACGAGGAGAGGGCUCUUACGGGUAGUUGGUGUAGCGUGGAGGUUAUGAAGGCUCUCGAAAAAGGCUACAGAGUGUUGAAAGUUUUCGAAAUCUGGCACUUUCCUAAACAGACGCAUGAUUUGUUUGCCGGAUACAUCAACAGGUUUCUCAAGACAAAACAGGAGAGCUCAGGUUACCCGUCUUGGGUAAAGGACGAAUCUGAUCAAAAAGAAUACGUUAAAAGGUACAAGGAAAACGAAGGCAUAGAACUCGAUCCGUCUCGCAUAGAGGUUAACCAGGCCAAGAGAUCUGUGGCAAAGUUGGCGUUGAAUUCUUUGUGGGGUAAAAUGUGUCAGAGGUCUGAUAGGAUUAAUACUUGUCUAAUCAGCGAUCCCAACCAAUUUCUAGAGUUCAUGUUCUCGGACACGUACGACGUAAGUCACUUUUCUUUUCCGAACCCUCAGAUGGCGCUGGUUCAGUGGCGUUACGCAGACACCAGAUUCAUCAAACCGAGUAAAGCUAACGUGUUUAUCGGCAUAUUCACUACCGCUUACGCUAGACUCGAGCUGUACAAGCUGAUAGAUGGUCUGCAACAAAGAUGUCUCUAUACGGAUACAGACUCUGUCAUUUUCAAAAGUAAAGAUGGCGAUUGGAUGCCCCCCCUAGGCGAUUACUUAGGCGAGUUAACGAGUGAAUUGGAUCACGGAGAUCAUAUUGUGGAAUUUGUCAGCUCUGGACCAAAGUCCUACGGUUAUCGAACUCGUUAUGGGAAGACUGUAAUGAAGGUAAAGGGUAUAACGUUAAACUAUACCAACGCCAAAAUUGUGAAUCUGAGCUCUUUGAUAGAUCUGGUUGACAAAAGUGUGAAAAGCCCCGACUGUACCGACGAAAUUAUGACGUCCAACAAUCAAAUCGUCAGAGAUAAAAGAGGUUUUCACUUGAAAAACAAAUCACAAACUAAACGUUUCCGAGUAGUGUACGAUAAACGCGUUCUAUUACCGGAUAGCGCCACAAUUCCUUACGGAUAUUAAACAUUUACUUUGCUGAAAAAAUAAUGGCCGUACCUAACUCGUUCGAUGCUAGACUUCAACUUCCUUUUUCUUGUAUAGUUUGUGGACCCAGCAAUAGCGGAAAAUCUUUUUUCAUCAAAAUGUUACUUGAAAAUUGUACGGACUCAAUGUCUAAAAUUCCGGACCGGAUUGUAUGGUGUUACACUUGCUGGCAACCCCUCUACGACGAGUUGAUGGACAAACUAAACAUUUAUUUUGUUCAAGGUAUACCCGAAUCAUUGUGCGACGAUGAACUUUUCCCUCCGCACAAAACAAACUUGUUGGUGAUUGAUGAUUUGAUGGAGUCCGCUAGCAAGAGUGAGGAAGUAGAAAAGGCUUUUACAAAAUAUACCCACCAUAGAAACCUCAGCGUGAUCUAUUUGGUUCAAAAUUUGUUUUUUCAAGGGAGAAGUAGCAGAACUAUAAAUUUAAAUACCAAUUACAUGGUGCUUUUUAAAAAUCCUAGAGAUAAGCUACAGAUCAACGUGUUGGCGCGUCAGAUGUACCCCCGUAACAGCAAGUACUUUUUAGAAUGCUUUCAAGACGCUACCUCUAGACCCUAUGGGUAUUUAUUAGUAGACUUGAAAGCUUCAACGCCAGAAGAUCUUAGACUCAGAUCGGGUUUGUUUUUACAGGAGGUUCCUGCGGUGUACGUACCGAAGAAAAAGGUUUUCGCAUAAUGUCCGAUCGGUUAAAGAGAAAUUAUCAGGUUUUGAAAUCGCUACAUCAGGCAUCGCCUCGAGAAAGGAAACUUAUACUGCGUCAAGCUCCCACAGACCUCGUACUAGCCAUUUGUGAAAUAGCAUUAAAUCUACUGAGAGGACGCAUUCCUUUAACGGCUCAACAGUACGCUCGACUGAAAAGACAGAAAAAAGCGAUUAAACUUUUUGCCGAUAAAAGAAAAUCUGUAAAGGUUAAAAGAAAUACUAUUAAUCAAUCCGGAGGUUUUCUUCUACCUUUGCUAAGCGUCGCGGUACCCUUCAUCAGCAGCUUAAUAGCGGCCCGUCAGAAAUAGCAUGGAAAACGCUGUGAAAAUGUAUCUGGUACCUCAGCAGCAACUUGAUAAGAUUAAUUCUGUGUCGAGCGGAAAACCUAAUGUUAGACAGACGGUGGAAAAUGAUCUGGAUGCUACCAUGAGACAUAUUCUGAAUAGGUCUGAUUUGAUGCCUUACGAAAAGGCCAAACUUUAUGCCUCGGUCUUGCAAAGAUUCCUAAACAUCGUCAAACAAGGAGAUGAGGAAACGGUUCAAUUAACUCUGUCCCUGCCCGUAGACUCUAACAAUAAAACAAUACCGGAGACCGAUGUGGAUCGCGGUGCGUCCGAAGACGUAAUUGUCAAAGAAGUAAUCGGAAACAUUCCGGCAAGAAACAGAAAAAAUGCUUCUUUCAUCAUGGAAAAAAUAUCCAAAUCUAGCGACGUAGCUUCCUGGAAUGAUAAAGGUGAAUUCAUUUUCAAAGGAAGGACGAUCAGGGGUUCACACGUAUUGGAUUUGAUUAAAAACCUCACGGCCCCUCAAAAAGUGUCGGAUGAUCGCAGACCUUUGGGGUGGAUCGAGAUGUUAAAAACUGUAGCCGGAUUGAAUAUUCCCUUUUCAACUAUACCUAACGUCGGCGUUCGACGUAAGAUAACGGACAUUAAAAGAGGCGAUCCUUUGUACUCACCAAGCUCAACUUCUAAGAGCGAUGACUCUGACUCUAGCAUUGACACUCUUGAGCCUGUUUUCAAGUCUCCUCGUUUUACCUCAACACCUUGGAUAAGUUUUUAAUCGUGCAUGUCUUUAAAAAUGUUAUAAAUGAUGAUGAUGAUACAAUGUAAAUAUUUGUUAUUCUUUAUUUCAUUAAAUGUAUAUACUUUAACAUGA